CUUUCGUGGGGCCAUCGAGUGAACACACCCAAUUUCUCUUCAAGUAUCUCUGGAAUGGGCUUCGAGACCAGAGAUCAAGAUUGAGAAGGAAGGCUGGGGCAGGCGCAGGAAUGUAGAUAUAUGCACCACGGAUCGCGAUCAUGAUCAUAGUGUUAUAAGAAGGGAUGGUGUGCUCUCUUACUAUCACUGUCACUGUCAAGCUUAUCGACUCCAGCAACAAUGAAGGUCACCUUGUACUCCUUCCUGUUCAGUGCUCUGGCGCUGGCCACCACUGGCGAAGUGAUUUUUUGUACAACGACAAAUUAUCAGGCCCCCGUCACCAUCGUCGUGCCUCAAACGAGCACGUAUUGCCCUGUUUGCGAUGUUGCCAAAACCCAGGGAGGAGUAUAUACGACGACCUAUGCUACAGUCUAUCCUAGUAUUUGUGACACCGGUCUGACGGAAGCUACUUACACCGUGACGCAAACUUGUACGGGUCUCACUCCAAUCAAUCCUGCUGUGGUUCCCCCGCAGUUCACAGCUGUAACGACUGUCUGCACUCCGUGUGCAGGAAAACCGACUCUUACCAUCACUCAACCAUAUCCAGCCGUUCCAACAGGUGUCCAAGGUCCCGGAGGUGCUGCUUACACAACCAAUACCGCCAUCGGUGUCCCUGCCGGCCCUACCGCCGCUCCGACCUACCCCCUCGUCAUUUCUUCCAGCGCAUCAAGCGUCUCACCGAGCGGCUGGGCCAUUCUCGGACUUUUCUUCUGGCUGUUAGCCCAUUAAUAUGUUUGCAUUCUUUUCGAGCGGAUAUUUUACAUAGCCUUUGAAAACUCCCCAUUAUCAGGCACUUAUUUGACCAAGUACUCUCAGGCGGACUUAUAAUUAGAUAAUUUCUCUUCUUGGACGUGUCCUGACAGCCUGUCAAUUUUCAUUGUUGAAUAUGACACGAGAUACUUAUGUGCAAGCUAAGACUAGCUUCCGCAGCUUCUUGUAUAUAGUUAGAGGGGUUCCCCCGAGGUUCAUUCUGUAGCGUAAUCAAAUAUUCCCC